UAGUUUGUUUGUUGAAAUAAAACAAAUAUAGUCAACCUUUUGCACUUGAUUUUCUGUAAUUAAAUGGUCUGAACAUCGUCGAUUUUUAACCUAACCUAAAACUUUUUUUUCAUCCAUCAAUUUUGACCCGCAGAAUUAUCGGAUCAAAUUUUGUAAGUUAGCACGAAAUCCAUACCGAAAAAAAUGUUUCGCAUGAAAAAUGGUUCAAAACUGACUAAAGCCUUGUUUUAAGAUACAUAGGCGCCAAUUUUAAAGUCGAUUUUCUCAUCAUUAAAACUUUAAAUCAUUUAAUUUACCAAAUUUGAUCUCAUUUAAAAUGAAAUAGACCAAACCUUUUUUUGUUUCAUUUUUGGUGGCCGUUGAAGGAAAUAAAAAAAAAAAAAACUAUUCAAUAGCACUUCAAGCCAUUCAGCAUUAGAACAAAUGUGCCUUUCAGUUCUCUACAUUUUUUUCUCAUUGAUUUCAAUUGGAUCAAUUGAAAUUCUAUGCGUUUCAAUCAAAACAAAAGAAAAAAACUACCCUAUUAUAUGAGGCAGUAGUCAACUUCAAGCAAGCGUGUAUCUUUACUUUAAUUCAGAUACACUCCAAAAAGAAAACCAAAAACGAUCUUUAACUUUAGAUACAUUAUUUUUAUUUACUUCUACAGUUCAGAUUCGGCCAUGCAUAGCUUCACAUCGUGCUUACACCGAAAAUAGUGAACGGGACACAAAAAAGAAAUAAUAGAAGAAGAAGUGUUGCGUUUCAGUUCUAGUGGGAGUUGGCUUUCUGGGAGCUCCCACUCGGGUAAAUUUUUUUCAAAUCAGCAAAAUAUCUAUUACCAAUUUAAUUGCCUGACGUGUGCCGCGUGCCACCGGUUUCGAAAAAUGCAUUUUUAAAAAUUUAUUCAUGAUUGCUAUUGUAGAUAUGACGUUCCUUUUAACCAAGUUGUGUUAAUUAAAAUCAUAAAUGGAAUUCGCAUUCAAUUCGCGAUAUUCUGUUGGUGAGAUGUGUGAAAUUUUGUACAAUCACUGCGAUGAUCAUGCUAUUGAACAGGUGGGAAACGACCUCUAACCAGGGCUUGUUACUCCCAAACAUGUGCGAACAAAUUGUGUAAAUAUUUUUAAAAUUGCCUUUAAAAAAGUUCAAAUACUCUUUUUAUCAGUUGUUUUCUCCAAUUGAUCGCGGUUCAGUGCGAUCAGAUGAGAAUUCAUUCAAAGCUUUUAUAAGUGCAAUCGUACUACUAAAAAAAAAAUAAGAUCGGUUCUUUGGUAAAAGAAAAUAUUAAAAUCGUUCAGUUUUUCAUAAUCUUUCAUUUUAUCAACAAAUGCCCAACACGGUGCGAAUUAAUAAAUUAAAAUUUUUUUCGGAAAUUAAAAUUCUUUUUGCCAUUGCAUUUUCGAUUAAGAUUGAUUUGAUAUAGUUCUUUUAAUUUAAACAAAUAUUUUAAUGUCAUUGUUAAGAUUAUUACGUUUAAGUGUGAUUGUGAAGUGAUCAAUUUUUGUUUGGAAUCGAUUGUGUGUAAAUAUGAAUUUCAUUGGAAGACAUGAUCACUUGAGUGGAUAUCGCCAAGUUAAUAAUACUGGGUAUGGAAUACCUUUAUGGAAUUUGCAGCCAGAUGUGACUUCAGUAGAAUUGCAGCCACUUAAUUCCGAUAGUAAAAAUACAACGGUUGCAUGGUCAAGGAAGGGAUCUCGUGUCAACACAAUCAACGAUUGGUUACGAAUUAAAAUUGGUGGCGAUGACAGUCUCAAAAAGAAGAAAAACAAAAAGCUUGAAACAAAUCGUAUUAAAUCAACAAAAUACACAAUUAUAACAUUCCUGCCACAAAAUCUUUUAGAACAAUUUCGACGUAUUGCUAAUUUUUAUUUUUUAAUCAUGACAAUAAUUUCAUUACUUAUCGAUAGUCCCGUCUCACCACUAACAUCCCUCCUGCCGCUGGUUUUUGUGAUAUCUGUAACAGCAGCCAAACAAGGCUAUGAAGAUGUCCUUCGCUAUAAAACCGACAACAUUGUCAAUUGUUCACCUGUAACAGUAAUUCGAGAUGGCAAAGAAACUCACAUUGAGUGUCAACAUGUCGAACCCGGUGAUCUUGUUGUACUAAGUCGUGACUGUGAUGUACCUUGUGAUUUGGUAUUAAUGCGAUCAUCAGAUCCACAUGGAAAAUGUUUCAUUACAACUGCAAAUCUUGAUGGUGAGUCAAAUCUAAAAACCUUGACAACACCACGUGAAUUGCCCAAUGUUGAAAUAAAUAAAAUGCACAAACUUGGAAUUAUUGAAUGCGAGUUCCCGAAGACUGAUCUUUAUAGUUUUAAUGGAAAAAUUGAGCUAACUUUGCCGGAUCAAAUGAGAUUGUCACAGUUACAAAAUCCAAUUGAUGUCAAUCAACCAAGAGUUCUUCCUUUGACAGCUGAAAAUGUUUUAUUGAGAGGAUCAAGGAUAAAGAAUACUGAAUGUGUAAUAGGGUGUGCAAUUUACACAGGAAUGACAACAAAAUUGGCUUUAAAUAGUCGAUUGACAAGAAAUAAGUCUUCUUCGAGUGAAGCUUACAUAAAUCGAUUUUUAUUGUUCAUUCUUCUUGGAAUGAUCUUCAUUGUGACAGUAUUGUAUUUUCUAAAAAGAUAUUUUGAGAUCUUUCGAGUUCCAAAGGCUACUUACUUGGGCCCAGCUAUUGAUACGUAUAGUGUGAGAGCAUUUCUUCAGGACUAUUUAUCCUUUCUCAUUCUCUUCAACUAUCUGAUACCGAUUUCUCUAUAUGUAACUAUAGAAAUGCAUCGAGUUAUUGGAGGAUUCUUCAUGGAAUGGGAUAUUGAUUUGUAUGAUGAACCAACUGAUCAACCUUGUAUUGUCAAUACUUCAAACUUAAAUGAAGAACUUGGACAGAUCAAUAUUCUUUUUUCGGACAAAACUGGUACUUUGACAAAGAACGAAAUGAUCUUUCAGCAAUGUUCAAUAAAUGGCAAGAAAUUUGUUUACAAAAAGACCAAACUUCAAGAAGAAUCGAGUGGAAUUCUUUUGGACAUCAAUAAGUUUAAUAAUGACCAGAAGAACUUCUUUCAAGGCUUAGCAGUUUGUCAUACCGUCCAAGUUGCCGGGGACAUGAUCAACAAUGAACCUCAAAAUGGCACAAAAACGAAAAAGUACUCAAUUGCUGAAAUCACUGAAGAAAGUCACAAUUCUAGCCAACAAAGUGAUAUCGAUAUUUCAUUAUCGACCAAUCCUAAUGGAAAAGAAACCAUCAAUAAUAGUAUUUUAUCAGAUGUCAACCCUUUAUUAGAUAGUACAAAUAAACUAGAAAAACGAAAAAGACCCGAAGUUGUAAAAAGAAGUCCUCGUUUUGCUCGUCCACCUUCAAGAGUUCAUCCAACAACAACAACAACGAAUGAAGAAAUCGAUAAUUUCCGUGAAACUUCGAUAAAUUAUUCGAAUUUUGCUGAAGACAUUAUUGCAGAUCGUCCAUAUUCCUUGCCAUUUACACGAUCCAUAUCGGAAUUUGAUAUUCCAGAUCCAGCAACAAAUUAUAAUGGCGGUCAUCGGAGGACGCAAUCUUAUGGAGCUCCAGGAGCUUAUAUUACUAAUCAAGAAACCAUUGUUAAUCUUAGCCGAUCACCAAGCACAAUAUCACGAGAGUCCUAUGCAAUGCCAAAUUUUGUUUCAAGACAGCCAUCGUUGUUGAGGAAAGAAUCAGUUCGAAGGAAGAAUGAGAUUGAAAAUUUUGUCGAAAUUCUUGAUUAUCAAGCUUCAAGCCCUGAUGAAAAAGCCUUGGUAGAGGCUUGUGCUCACCUUGGACUUGUCUACUUGGGAGACGAUGAUGAAAGACUGAAAGUACGUUAUUGUCCACCACACGUUGACUAUUCUAGACCCUUUGGAGGUUCAAAAACUAGAGAUCUGUUGUUCGAUAGACUUCAUGUUCUCGAAUUCACUUCGGACCGCAAACGUAUGAGUGUUAUUGUUAAAGAUGAAAAUGGAACCAAGUGGAUAUAUACAAAAGGAGCUGAAAGCUACAUCUUUCCUUUGUGUGGAACUUCAUCAUCCCGACUGAUAGAAUUAACUGAUAAACAUAUUAGUGAUUUUGCCAAAAAUGGUCUUCGAACUUUAGCUGUUGCAAGAAAACGAAUAAGUGACGAUGAGUAUGGACAGUUUUUGGAUGAUUUAGUUGAAGCUAAUACAUCAUUGGAGAAUAGAAAACAAUUAAGUGAAGAAUGUUAUGCUAAGAUUGAACGAAACCUUGAUCUUCUUGGUGCAACUGCAGUUGAGGACGCUCUACAAGAUGACGUUGCUGACACUUUAGUUUCUCUUCAAAAAGCUGGAAUCAAAAUUUGGGUCCUAACCGGGGAUAAGAUCGAAACGGCUUUAAACAUAGCGCUGUCUUGUGGGCAUAUACCUGCCGGGGCUAUGAAAUACUUCAUUGUGGAAUGCGGUCGUAAAGAAGACCUUGAAGUUCAUUUACAGACCCUAGAACGGGAGAUCAUUUUUGGAUUAGGCAGACCCUGUGCCUUGUUAAUCGAUGGAAAAAGUCUAACAGUAGCUUUGAAAGAGCUUCCAGAAAAGUUUCGUGAUGUUACAAUUCGUUGUCAAGCAGUACUCUGCUGUCGCCUAAGCCCCCUGCAAAAGAGUGAAGUUGUAUCAUUGAUUAAGACCUCAAGUCAAAAUUACAACACAGCAGCAAUUGGAGAUGGAGCCAAUGAUGUUUCAAUGAUACAAGAAGCUCACAUUGGUAUUGGUAUUAUUGGCAAAGAAGGUCGACAAGCUGCCCGAUGUGCGGACUUCGCUUUAGCCAGGUUUAACAUGAUCAAAAGGCUAUUCCUAAUGCAUGGUCAUUAUCAUACAACAAGACUGUCACAUUUGGUGCUAUAUUUCUUCUAUAAGAACAUCUUAUUCAUGGGUUCUAUGUUCUUCUUCCAAUUCCACAAUAUGUUUUCUUCGCAGCCAGUUUAUGAUUCAUGGUUUAUGACUUUGUACAACGUUGGUUAUACUUCGGUUCCGAUAUUUUUUAUUUCAUUAACUGAACAGCUGUUUACACAAGAUGAAUUAAUGAGUAAACCGGAACUUUACAGCCGAAAUACAAACAAUAAACAACUUCAUUGGCCAUACUUUCUUCAAUGGGUUCUAGCUGCUGUUUAUCAUGCUACUAUAAUCUUCUAUUUUGCCUUUUUCCUCUUUACAAAUAAUGAUGUUUUAUUGAAUAUUGGUCAAACAGCUGAAACUUCAGUUUUUGGAACACUUUUGAUGCAGUUGGUUGUUGUUGUUGCAAAUUUGAAAUUGUGGCUUCAAUCAAAGUAUUACAGUUAUUGGUUUAUUGUGACGAUAUGGGGAUCAAUAUUGCUCUUUGUUGUAACAACUUUGGCUUAUAAUUUCAUUGAUAUUCGUUAUGAUUCUGACAUCUAUUGGUCAUACAACAAACUACUAUGUUCCAUACCAUUAUGGUUUUUGGUCAUACUAACUGUUGUAACAUGUUUAGCACCAGAUUUUACAAUACGUAUAUGUAAAGAUGCCUUAAGAAUGCCAAAGAGAAGUUUCUAUCCGGGAACAAGAAGAAUGAAAAAGCUGCGGGCAGCUAAAGCAGCUCAAAAUACAUAUUUGUAGUGUUAAAAUAUGUACCUAUGUUUUUAAGGAUACAAAAAUUUUGCGCUGUGCGCAUGUAAAUACAAAAUAUAGUAUUUAAGUAUAAAUACCAAAUCAGUGCCAAAAAAAACUAUUUAAGUCGGGAUAAAUAUUUAUUUAUAUACACUACAUUUAAAUAUAUUUUAU